AUGGCAAUCUCGCAAGACGACUCACGAGUGACUUUCAAAUCUACAGAUGGUGGUCGGGAGGAAUUUUUUAUAUUUGCAGAUCCUGAUAUGGUCCUGAAAUGGCGGAAGGAUAAAACAAUUCCAUUAGUUGACGUCGUUCAGUUUUUCGAAGUCUACAAUGGUGGUAAAGAAGGCAUCGCUGGACAUCCAUCAAAUCAAAAACUUGAAAAUACAUUUGGGACUACCAAUGAUAUGGAAAUUAUACAACAAAUUCUUCAAAAUGGUACAGUUCACCAUGCUCAUAAAGCUCAUGAGAGGCCAACUUUAAAGGAUCAUAGAGCUGUGAUCAAUGAAUCGCGUGGAAGAGGUGCUUCGACCACUAACAAUACAGCGGGUAUCCACCAAUAA